AUGGCUUGGGUCACAAAGAGCGAAAGGUUCAACUGGAACAAGGAGGAAGACCUAGCCGCUGCGGUUCGUGCGCCCUCACCCAGUCCAGGGCAAUACGUCUUACCCACCUCUUUCAAGGAGGAAUCUAAGAGCAGGCCAUGCUACGCGCCCUUCAAUUCCUCUUGUGGAGAAGUCCAGGGGGGUAUCUCGGGGAAGAAGGAUGAUGAUGCGUUAGGUCUGGACCCUGCGAGAUAUAGCCCCAAGCAACCAGGAGUCUACGACCACGGCUUGCCGCGGAAGCACGUGCCCUUCACCUCGGGCGCCACGCGGUGGAACGACCUGAAGCAGGACUUCCGUCCGGGUCCCGGGGACUACGCGGCCCUGUCUGCUUCGAGCUUCGCCGGCGCCGUCUCGGUGGCGUCCAAUAAGACCAUGGGCGUGCCACCUGGAGAGCAGCGGAUGAUCUUCAAAUCCACUAGUGCGCCUUCGAUGCCUCGUGAUCAUCAAUGCUAUGGCUACGAUGAGGCAGGGGACGGUCGACUGAUACGACAAGGUCGAAAGGAUGGGGUUCAACAACUGUCUGGGAAACCCGGCGACAGUGCUGGGCCUGGGCAGUACGAUGCCCACAAGUACCGGACGUUGGCCAACAGCGCCACCGGUAGCAAGAUCAGUCCGCCGCCGGCCGAGCCAGUGGUGAAGGUCUCCGAGACGCCCGGCCCUGGGCACUACGUGGCGAAGGGCAUUGCCAAUGUCGAAAACCCUCCGAAGAUCUAUUCCGCUUUCGCUUCGCAGUCUCGACGAGGGCGCACGAAGCACGAGGACAAGUACGCAGCCGAAAUGCCCGGACCCGGGCAGUACGUCCCCAGGAUCAACCGGCGGCCCAACAUGCGCGAGUUGCACCCGGAGCUUCAAUACUUCUGCAGCACUGCUGAACGCUUCAAGGAGGACGAAGCGGCGGUGGUGGCCAGCAAGCUUCCCGGACCGGGGGCAUAUGGCCUGGCUGACGUCAAGAGACAGGGAAAGAGCUUCGCCUGGCUCAAGGGCAAACGUUUCCAGGAGCCAAGCAAAAAAAAGGAGACUCAACCGGGUCCAGGGGCGUACUACGAUCAGAAGAGCGGCUGGCGCAACAGCUCCGCCUCCAUCCUGGGCGGCAGCGGAAGUUUGGCCUUCGGGAGUAUGGAGGCGCGACGUGGCAUCAGUGAUCCCAAGAAGGGCCAGGAGCCUGGGCCUGGCGCCUACUACGAUGGGGUCGAGGAAGCGUCGAGUGUCAGUGGUGCAAACCCUGGCAGGAAGCCUCGACGGAUGUUCCCACCCAGCAGCUUCUUCAGGUCUACUGUGCCCAAGGACAUCAUGGUGGCGCAGUACCAAAAGGAUGGUCAAGUCGGCCCGCCCCCGGGCGCGUACAGCCCUCGGCUCCAGCGGGAUCUGGGCAGCGUCCAGCGCCUGGCGCCGAAGGGCGAGGGGUUUGGCUCGGGAUCACAGCGGCAAGCCGAAGCUGCACCAGUCGGGCCGGGCCCUGGAUGGUACAAGGUGAAAGAUGUCACCGGCGGCAAGAUUGCCGGGACCUUCAACCGCCACGCGGUGGAUGCUGCCCCCGCCUCCGGCAAGCCCAGGGGCCUCGGCUUCGAGUCGCAAUCCAAGCGUUUUGGACCUGGCGGUCAGAAGGGCGAGGUCAGUGCCAGUCAGAUGCGUUCGGCGGUGGGGAUUCCAGGCGCUCGCCAGACGUCCCGGGCGCGCGCUCGCUCGCCGGGCGCGGUGAUCUGUGGUGGCAAAGGGCAGGGGCCAUCACAGAAGACAGCCUAUGGCUUUCAGGGUCCCGUGGGCGGCCGCAACUCGGUGAGUGGCACCGGCAGUGUCUCCCUGGCCUGUGGAAGCCGGACCUUGAAUCCCACGCGCAACAGCACUGGAAAUGUGGCGAACGCGCCCGCUGAACCCAAGACUGCAGCCGCGCCGCGUACUUCGCGGCUCAGCGUGGUGGUGCGAAAGCGGCCCAUGAACAAGCGCGAGGUGCAGACCGCGCAACAAGACGUGGUGAUGUGCAGGGAAAGCGCUGUGGUCGUGAGGGAACCGAAACUGAAGGUGGACCUCACCAAGUACGUUGAGGAGCACAAUUUCCUCUUCGACCAAGCUUUUGAUGAGAAUGUGACCAACGAGUCGCUCUACAAGAGUUGCGUGCAGCCGGUGAUUGAUGCUGUGUUCCACAAGGCAAAGUGCACUUGCUUCGCGUACGGCCAGACGGGCAGCGGCAAGACCUUCACCAUGAUGGGACCUCCCAAGCGCCAGGUGGAGAACCUGCUUCCAGAGGAAAGGAUCCCCGGAAUCUUCCUGCUGGCCUCUCAGGAUCUCUUCCGAGGGGUUGCCAGUAAGGAGUAUUCCCACUUGGGUGUUUUCAUUGCCUUCUACGAGAUCUAUUGUGGGAAGCUCUUUGACCUGCUCAACAACAGGCAGAUCCUGCAUGCGCGGGAGAAUGCCAAGGGCAACGUGGUCAUCGGAGGGCUGCAGGACCAUUGCAUUGGAAACGUGCAAGAUUUGAUGGAGGUCAUCGAAUCGGGCUUGAACAGCCGCACCACCGGCGUGACUGGUGCCAACGUCGACUCGUCGCGGUCGCACGCCAUCCUUCAGAUCAGUUUGAAGGACUUAUCUUCCAAGGAGGAGCACGGCAAGAUCAGCUUCAUUGACCUGGCUGGCAGCGAACGCGGGGCCGACACCUUGGACACGGACCGCCAGACACGUAUGGACGGUGCCGAGAUCAACAAGUCCCUGCUGGCCCUGAAGGAAUGCAUCCGUGCGCUGGACCAGCAGUUGGACCACACGCCCUUCCGAGGCUCCAAGCUGACACAGGUCCUUAAGGAUUCCUUCGUGGGUGCCAACUGCCGAACGGUGAUGAUCGCCAAUGUGUCACCCUGCAGCGGUGCCGUGGAACACUCCUUGAAUACCUUGAGGUACGCCUACCGCGUCAAGGAGCUCCGCAGCGCGCCCAGUAAGACGGUGAACGUGCCUGGAGGCACCACCCCCUCGGGCCUGGAGCGUGAGCCACUGCAGGUGUGCGCCACGCAGGGAGAUUUGGCAGUGAACAGCAGUGACAGUGAGGAUGAUGCGCAGCCACGGACCCGCGGUGCGCAGACGCCCACGGAGGCGAGCCUUGGCAGCUCCUGGAGCCAAGGGCCCCAAACCUCCCUGGGCGGUGCUGCAGCGCCGGCACGGCCGCAGUCGGCGCAGGUCGCCCCGGCGCCCUCGCUGCUGCAGAUGCAGCACAAAGAGCUGCAACAAGUGCAGGCGGCCCUGCAGAGCAGUGGCGGUCUGGUGCCCAACGGCACCAAGAGCCUUGACAAAGGCCUCGCGACGUCGCCUCAGACCGCACCAACGCCGCCCAUCAGCUUUGCUUCGCCCGGCUUCGGCGUCACGCAGGAUCCGGUGGCCGCGGCGCUACCUCUACCCGACUCGCAAGCCGCGCUGGACGAGUUGGCCCGGCAGCACGACCGGCUCAUCGGCACCAUCCUCGCCGAAGAGGAGGAGCUGAUCAGCGCCCAUCGGCAGCAUAUCGACAUGAUGGUUGAGUUGAUCAAGGAAGAGAUGGUCCACCUGAACAACGUGGACCGGCCGGGCAGCGACGUGGACGCCUACGUCAAUGGCCUGGACCGGAUCCUGAGAAUGAAGGCGGAUUACAUUGGUGACAUCCGCAGCAGAGUGGAUCUCUUCAAAGACCAUUUGGCUCAGGAGGACGCUUUGUCGAGGAAAUUCUCAUCCCUCGCAUCCUCUGGUUGACAUAUCGCCCCUCUCGACAAAGAUUCUCGAGGGAGAUGGGGAUCCAAUCCACGGACAGAUAGAGCGCCGGAUGGCGAACUCGCCCGAUUGAAUUUCUGGGAUGGUGGC